AUGGCUCCUCCUAGCUUAUGCGAUGAUACCUCAACUCCGCCCGAUGGGCCUGCCACCUUCACUCAGAGUACUUCCUCUUCUCAAGACGAAGAUCUGGGCCGCCCACCUUCAACGUCCCUCAUGUUAGCCAGCAACUCACAAGGAGAUGCCACAGAAUCCAGUCCAAAUGUUUCUACAGGAGAUAGCUUGGGGAAUAACGUACUUGGAGACCACAUAUCGUCAUCAAUGACACCUCCACCAUCAUCCCAGGUGUCAAACAAUCGUCAUUCGAUCCCAAUUCAAAGAGCCGCACCAACAUCUCCAUCUGACCUCGGAUCCCCACUUGCCACAGACUUGAGUGGAAUAGGAGCAGCUUCUAUUCCCGGUAUCACUCGACCGCCGACUGCUCAAGAGAUUGCCGACGCUUCUACGGAAGAAAAGACAGAAAUGAUACAGAAGUUGAUUGUCGAUAAUAUCAAGCUAGACAACGCACUUCGAGAAUCUCGCAUGGAACAGGCACAUUACAAAUUGCAAAAUACCCUUCUGACCUUGGAAUCCGAGGAAGAUAUCAAGCAUUUGGAAGCAGAGCAUGAACUGACCCGUCGGGAAGUUCAAGUGUUGAAGCUUGCGUACCAGGGAAGAGCUGAUCCUCAUGCACCAAGUCCAGAGUACGUUUCAAAGCUCAAAAACAUUUGCAAGAGCCUGGAGACAGAGAACAAAACUAUCAAACGUCGACUUGAAAGAGCCAAGAAAGUAAUAGAGGCAAAAGAGGAUCAAUUGGACGCUGCUAAAGAUACAAAUGAUCGUCUCACACAGCGUAUCCGCGAGAAUAGAGAGCACGUCAACAAUAUGCGUAGUCCCGGUCGCAUAUUCCAUGUUUCGACACCGAAGCUAUCGACCAAUAGUUACCCAGUUACGCCGCAGCAAUAUCGCCGUACACCACAUCAGACUCCCGUAAGCGGAGGUUCGAUCCGUGAAUCUCGCGAACAUGGUCAAGAACCUGGAUUUGCUGCUCUCUUAGCUGCCGCUCACCAGGAGAAUAAUAGUGCUCCGUCCACGCCUCUCAUCGGUCAGCGUGCUGUUCCACGCACCUCGAUUAUUAGGCACAAUCGUGGCGUUCAAUCCCUGUCUUCGUUGCCUACCACACCUCCUUCGGCUCGCCCAGGCACUGCCAAUUCAACACUCCUUCCCUCUGCACAAUUCAUCCCGCAUAGUGCCUCUCGAUCAGCUUACACCAGCCGCACCUUGAAUAUUCCACCUCACGCACGUCGACGUGAAAGUCGCGACAGCACUAUUUCGGCUGAGGAUGUUGAGCAGUUUAAUCAUUCUGAGUUCGAAGGACGUGGGCGUGGACGUGGAGAUGGAGAACAUGAAGGAAUCCAAGAAAGUCGAGCGGCUCAAAGUGCAAAUGAAAUGCUCCGUGCCGAUCCCCGUGAAUCGUUCGAGGUUGCAGCUUCGAGAAACAACACACCAAAUCCUGUUACAGCAAAAAGUGAACUUUUACAAUCCAAGAUCUGGGCAACUGUCACUAAGCCUGUAACAGAGAAGAGGAGACGGGAUGAUUAUUGUGGCAUUGAUCAUUCGAACAAGAAACCGAGGGCCACUGAACCUAUUGGCCUCGCUAUUGGGUACUCCGCACCCCGAAUCUAA